AGGAAACACGAAGAGAAGCUAUGCGUCAAGGUUUGUACGCACAAGCCGCACAUACAGUAAAUCCCAACCGUCAAGGAACGCCGUUAGACAGCUCAAGCGACGUUGGAACGACGCCUUGACAGACAAAAAAAAAAGAUGAUAAUAAAACCGAAGCAAAACAAUUUUCUAUUUUGUAGCACUUCUUCUCGUUUCGCGCUUUUUCUUUUUGAUUUUAUCUCGAGGUUUGCGAGCUGUAGCGAACACACACGUGGGUAACGGCCCAACAACGCACUUGUAUCUCUCUCUUUUCUUUUCUUCUCUCUUCUAUACUAUUGUGGCUGUUUUGUUUUUGUUAAACUGCUUUCUACGUUGACUGUCAAACUUUUUUUUUCUGAAGUAGCUGUAGGUGUCGGUUUCUUUUUUCCUUUUCUUCUCCGUUGUACUCGCUGGAUUUCCGGUUAUGAAUGCAUGUAGCGUAGCUGCCCUUGCUAUCACGAAUAUCAUCGCGCGCGUGUGUGCGUGUUUCACUGCUCUCUCUCUCUCUCUCCUUCCUCUUAAUUUCAUUCUAUCGUGUACUUGUCCAUCUUUUUCUUUUCUUUUUGUUUCUUUUCCAUUGUCAUUGCGCCGUCCUUCGGGCGAACCCAUUUUGUGUUUUGUAAGAUCAAUCCGCUCCUUCUUCUACACAAGCACACGUAUAUUGAUAGAAUAGACGGCGCUAUGCGCAGGGGAGCCGCACCGCAGCCGAUCCCGCCGUCCACCCGACCUCUCCCGACGCCGCCGUCGUCCUCCCACCCCGACAGCACUGCCUCCGUCGCCUCUGUCGCGACGUCCCACGAUCGCGCACCGGCGAUGGCGCAGCCGCCUGCCUUUUCGAGCGUCUUUGCCCCCGGCUUUGCACCCUCCGCCGUCUGCCCGACACCUUCCUCCCCGUCGCUGCUGGCACCGCUACCGAAGGCGGAGCUCACGACGAUGAUGGCCGACUCGGGGAACUUGAUGGAGUACGCCACGCCGGUACGACGGACUGAGUCUCUACUAAUGCCGAGUGCGCCGCUGGCACGCGGAAAUACUGUCGCUUCGGUAAGUGAGGAAGACGGCGCGGCGGCUGGCGGUGACGACGACGUGAAGGGGGACCCCGUGAGCGACUCUGUCUUGCAGCAGCGGCACCAACCGCUACCAACGCCGCCGCCGCCGCAGCGACGUCCGCGCCCGUUGCCCUACCCUUCUCCCACAGCUGCCAUGAGCAGUCAGCUCAUACGCGACACGUCCGCCGCGGCGAUGGCGGCUGAGGUGGAGUAUAAUCGCAUGAACAGUCGCAACGGCGCAAAGGGCAUCACUACCGCCACCGCCACCGUCGAAGGCGCGUGGACGUCGCGUGGAGUAACGGCGGAGGUUCGAGCAGGGGCCCUGACGUCCGAAGAGGCAACGCAGGCCCCUCGUCUUGUCCGGCUGUUGCCCUCACCCUCCGCCGCAACCGUGGCAUCGUCCUACGUAUCCGCCGGCACGACGUCAACCUCAAUGGCCACCACACGCCCAGGCAACCGAAGCACCUCUCGAGAUGGCGGCGUCCGCAACUUCUCUUCCCUCCCUGCGUCACUGCGGCAGCACGACAGCGAGGGCUUCCGUGUACCGCGUCCCCAGCACGUCAACGACGGUGUACGGACAUCGGCGGACGUCGGGCACAGCGGUGCGUCCUUCUCCGCUUUUCAGCCGUCCGCCGUCACUUCGGUCGAGAGCACCGCGCAGCACUCGCUGGCUGCCACGAGCGCGUCAAGCAGAGCGCCAAACAGUGGUGUCACCCACGUCGCGGCCCUUUCCGCGUCUGGCCACCCGUACCGCGCACGGAGUCGAAAUUUCAGCACGAGCGUUGGCCGCAACGUCGACUCCCACGUUUACUUGAACACGAAUGUGAUGAGCUACUACGAGGUGGUGCCGAGCGCAACGGCGGCGGCGACGACCGCUGCUGCGGCGAGUAAGGAAGUCGAUGCCGUGCCAUUGAAUGCAGUCUCUGGCGCCCGCACAACGAUGUCGAGUUUCCCAAGAGGGUCUUCUCCGAUUUCGUCUCGCGUGGCCGCCACCUCGGAGGCCGCCAUCGACGCCGCCAUCGGCCACCACCGCCGCAGUGUCAGCAAAAGCCCCUCCACGGACCAAACCAAAGACGCCAACGCGGUUGGUUUUUUCGAAGGCGUGCGCAGCUCUCGGGAUGCACCCACCACCCACCCUUGCCCUUCGAGCUCUGCCGCUGCCGCCGCUCCAACACCGUCACAGCCGCCGCCGCCGUCUUCUUUCGCUGAUGACACCGACAGCGGUGAUGUGGCCGUCGUGCCCAUGGCUGGCAAGUACAGCGCCGGUGACGGACGUGUGCGGUGGGGCAGACCGGAUGCGCUCGGCGGCGACGGCCACGUCGUGCGGGUAGUGAGCGGGCUGCUGCGUUGCCCAACGCGGGACGACCUUGGAGCGCCGCAGGAAAACGAGAGCUCGUUGCGGUCGCCUCUCUCUGACGUAGACCUCACGUCUGGCGUGCUGGGCGGCAGCGGUGGAGUUGGUGGCAACGCGCGGGCACGCGGUGUUGGCGGUGUUGCUCGCGGUGUAGCAGGGGGCAGUGCAGGUGCGUACCAGGCAAGCAAUCCCAUCUCGGCCCUGCUCGCGGGAGCGGGUCUGCACCCGAACAUCCAUGCUGCCGCUCCUUCUCCUUCUUCGCCGCCGCAGCCCUACCGGACGACCGGCCAUCACGGAUACACCAUGUCGUGCGACACCGGUGCGACGCUGGCCAGUCAGUCCGACCACAACAGCCGCAACGCGCGUCGGCCGUCUCCGCAGGGCUUUUGGGGAGGCAGUCGAAGCAACUUGGCGGCUUACAACGUCACCGCCGGCAAUCGGCACAGUCGGAGCGGCGGCAAUAACGCGAGCCCUCGAGUGUCGAGCCCCGGCGGUGCGGAAGGGCGGUCCGUUGCGAGUGCCACGGCGGGAACGCCCGUUCCGUCGCCGCCGCACGCAGCGCGAUUGCGCUCCCCCGGCAACACCGGGAUGCCCACCUCAUGGACCCCACGAAAGCCGCUGCAGCAGCCGCAACAGCCGCAACAAUCGGGCAGACGGAACUCCUCCUCCACCGUUGCAGCACCAGAAGCGUUUUCCAGCGACGUGAGGCGGAGCAGCAACGCGGACACCGCAAGCGGCCGCCCCUUGUCCGCCACCGGCCCCCUCACCUCAUCCUUUACGCCGCACAGAGAAAGCGGCGAAAGCAGCGCGGCGCGACAACCGGAGGCAGCAGCAGCAGCAGCUGCAGCCGCGGCGGCACCAUCGUCGCAGCGUGCACCGCACCAGCGCGUGCUCUCCUCCCUGAAAGACGUGUUCCUGGCCGCCUCCGCGCGCUCGCUUUCGAGCAUCAACGCCGGUGGCGCCUCCCCGACGUCACCGCCGCCGCUGCACCACCAACGCGUGCAGAGCGCCGCCGCCGCGGCUUCGUUGGUGGGUCGGCGGGGCGGCACAGGGAACGGGUUCUCCGCUCCUCCUCCACCACCUCCACGAUCGCUUCCCCUGCCGCCGCUGCCGCCCACGUUUGCGUUGUUUGGCGCGUUGGAGCGCCUUUCCCGCUUUUCGGAGCUCGUGGAGCUGCAUCGCGAGCACACCGCCGUCGUGGACGAUUUCCUUUCCCGCCUGACGCUGCAGCUGCACCGCACGACGCGCGGUAGCACCUGCAGCAGCAGCAUCGGCGGUGGCGGAGGCGUGAGUGGGGAUGUGCACCACGAUCGUGAGUUUCUGCGGUGGCACCGCAUCUUAAUGUUUCUCUUUCGCAACCCGUCGGAGUUGGUGAGGGUCGGAGUGGAGUUCUUCAGCGACGCCGUGAACUCGUGGCCGCUGCACAUGCUGUACCUCGCCUGCUGCUUUCACGUAACGGCUUCCGAGCACGGCUUUGCGGCGCUGACGGCGGCGCUGCGCACCGGGGGGAUCGUCUCCUCCGGCAAAGGGCUGUUUGCCGCACUGGCGGUGGCCAUGGCAGACGGCGAGGUAGACUUCAUUCGCUCUACGGCGUGCAUGUACCAAGCUGCGUUUUACACCGGCGUGCUCAUGCGCAAGCGACAUCAAAUGUUCGAGUCUGAGACACGACUGACGGCGAGCGGGGGCUUCACACUGCUCGUGGUGAACAUCCCCAUCAGCACGCUGCGUCGUUUGGUGGCGCGGGUAAACGAGGGCUACGACGUCUUCGUGCCCAUGAAAACCCCCGGCGGGGACAACAGCGCGACCGUCAGCAGCAGCGCUGUCGGGCAGUCCGGUGUGUCUCCUGGCGGCUCUCCCACGCUCUCCUCCACGCAACACGUCGCGUUCCAGCCGCACUCCGUCAUCGAAGUUAGCCGCGUCAUCAGCAGCCGGUCUGCCGUCGUGUGCGGCCACCCGCUGGAUCUGCUGCGGCUGGACAUGGUGCUAGCCCGUUUUGCUGACUUCAACGGCGUAAAGAUUCACAAGGAGUACCUCCCCGCCGGCGGCCCCGAGAACAGCAAUUUCUUUAACAAGCGCAUGCCGCACGAGCUUCUGGGGCUGUGGCGUGCCCGCGGCGUGUCCUUCUCGCUCGCGAGCGUGCGCCUGCCGGUGUACUCCCCCGUAAACGGUGAGUUGUGGGCCGACGCAGCGGUGGCGGCGGUGCCUUCGACGUCGUCGGUGGUGGCUGCGCGUGCCAUGGGCGCGGACAUGAGUGGCGCUGCUCUCUCGCUGGCCUCCCCUGCGGUCAGCGCCCACCGCGAUGAGCUUUUUAUGCUCCUCGUCGCCGAGGCCGCCACGGCGGCGAAUCAGGACCUCACCUACUCGCUGCGGCACAUGCGAGACGGCAACGUGCUGCUUGACUUCUCGACGCACGCCAUCGGGAUUGGGCGGCUCAUCGCGUGGACAAAUAAGCCGAUUAUCGUCCUGGCAGCCCCCGAGAACCGGCACGAGUUGUCAGCGAUGCCGCCUCCGCGCCGCAGCCCCAAAGACGCGGCAGUGCUGAACACGAUGGAGAAGCUGGCCGUCAUCAACGACGUCCUGCGCGAGGUGGGUGCGAGUGUCGAGCAGCCGCCCAACGCCCUGGCGCACCCACGCGUCGACCUCUUCACGACCUUUACGGAGCUCGGCCUGUUGGAGGUGAUGCGCGGUGCAGCCGAAGUGGACCAGGGCGAUGCGGCGCUGGAGGGCAGCGGCAGCAACGGACUUGUGCGGAGCAGUGCGCCGGAUUCGGCGCAGGUGUUGCGUGCACCGGCGCGAUCUGUCAGCGACCAUCAAAGCGGCAGCGGCAGCGGUGGUGGUGGUUGGGUCUCCUGCUCGAGUUUGGCCCCUGCGACGGCCUCCGCCAACCAUGCAGACCGUCCUACUUCGCCGUUUGACGCUGCCUCCGCCCCCGCUCCAGUGGCAGGCCGUCGCAUGCGGUGGGGCGCUGCCAGCACCGCCUCGACCUCGGUCUCAAUUGUGGUGAUCGACGCGAGCAACACGGCGACCACCGGUGACGUGAGCGUCAGCUUCCACCCACCGUCUGCGUCUCAGCCCCCCCCACCACCACCACGAUCAGCAGCAGAACUAGCUACUGCGUCACCGGGGGAGGCUGCAGCUGCUGUUGUGAAUACAGCAUGCCCUGCCGGCCUUCCCUGUACGAACGGACGAGCGGUGGGGCUGGGCGGGGCAUCGACGACGCCACCGGAGAGUCCCUUGAGUGCCGCAGGUCGGGAGACGCUGUCGACGGGGAACUACACGGUCGAGAGCGCGGCAAUUGCGGCGUCCUCCGCCUCAUCGGCCGUGGGGAUCCUCAUCGCGCCGCCGCCGACGGCGGUGUCGAUCCACCGCGAGCACCGACGCGGCGACGGCGCAGGCGGCAGCGGCAGCAGCAGCAACUCGUGUGCUUUCGCCGCGACCACCACCACGACGAAUUCCAGCGCUGCGUCCAUCGUCAGCAACAUCGCCGCGGCACCUCUUCGUGAGAGCGGCGUGGCGGCGGUGGCGGACAACGUCGCGGCGUCACUGCUGCUACGCCCACCGUCGGCGCAUCGGCAGACCUCACAACUCAGCAACUCGCCGUCGCCGCCCAUUGGACGAUGCUCCCUGGUGUCAGACAUGUCGCCCCCGUACCACGCACGCUCGCGUACCCACGACGUCGGUCAACGCGGUCCGCAACCGCAACACGAACACGGCGUGUUCAACCUCGGUACGACGACACCGGCCCGGCAGGCGAGCAGCGAACAUGACACACCGAUCUCGCCGCCGGCGCUGUGGCACGUUGGUAGUCCGGUGAGUCCCGCAGGGGGCCCCGUCUCGGCCGGUGCGACGCCGGUGUUAGCGAACGUUGUGGUGGAGGCGUCGGAGCCGGCGGCCUCCGCAUCCACUAAUGUCCUCAUCGCCUCAAAGGACUCAUCGCCUCAUCCCUCACAGCAGCCGCGGCGUGUAUGGUCCGCCGCCUCCACUGCUUUCCCCGCGCACCACCCGCUGUCCACCUCCAGUCCGCAAGAUAGCUCGACCAACUACAACUACUGUGGCAACAACGCGACGACGACGACAACGCGAAGGCUGCGUGGAAUUCAUACGGUGUUGGAUGCCGUGGAGCCAGAGUCGAGCGGCAGCGGCACCGGCGGCGUGGGGCUGCCGGCGUCAGUGCGACCGCAGCAGCAACACCAACAGCAGGGCACGACGCCCAGCCAAACUGAACUCUUGCCGCUGUCCCACGGUGAAGAAGACUUCGUGAUUCGCCGCAACAACGACUACCCAGGGAUUGUGAACGUGUAUCAGGUUUCCCCGCUCAUCACGUACUACGAAAUGCAGUUCAACUGUGUGCUGUGUGACGGGGCGGUGCUCUUUGCAGGGCUUUUGCGGAAAGCCUCGGGCAUUGCCUUUCCGUCCUACACGCUGCUGCUGUGCCCGUCCGUCUUUGCGUUGCUGGAGUUGUGGGACUGGUUUGAGUUUGAGGAGUUGUGGAGACGGUCGACGGGGGCUACGCUGAGGAGUCGCGCUGCAUCGCCCUCGUCUGCGGGUUUGCGGUAA